GCAGAGUCAUGCACAGGGGCGGACUGACCAUUUGGAAACUCAGGCACUGACCCAGGGCCCGGGGUCAGUAGGGGGCCCCAUGAGAUGCCCCUGGUACCUUUUUCAUAGGCUUUUUUGAGUUUGGGCAAGGACACAGGGGCCCCAUGAUCCCAUAUUGCCCGGGGGCCCCAUGAGUCGUCAGUCCGCCCCUGGUCAUGUGUUACCAGCACAGGGAUGCACAGAUGUUCCAUGCAUUUUCACAAGGAUACAGCCACUGUGUCCCAAUGUGACAUUCGUGCAGGUGCAUGGCCUCAAACUC